GGUCGCGCUUGGGAAGGUUUCGGUCCGGGUCCUUACCUUGCCGGUGUAUUUAUGAACGCUUCAGUCGUCGGCGUUCAAUCUACUGGUGUGCAAGCUUGCUCCAAACACAUGAUUGGAAACGAACAGGAAACCCAUCGAACAUCAACAACCUUGGAGAAUGGCACCGUCAUCGACGCCAUUUCUUCUGAUAUUGAUGAUCGAACACUUCAUGAACUAUAUCUCUGGCCCUUCGCGGACGCGAUUAAAGCUGGCACAUCGACUGUCAUGUGCUCUUACAAUCAAGUAAGUAUAGCAAGAGUGACCGCAUAUUAG